GCUGAGGUCCAGUCGGACAUCAAGCACUUCCCCUUCACCGUUUUCAACAACGACUCUCAGAGACAGGCUAUGAAAGACACUGGUACUAUCUCUGGAAUGAAUGUUCUCUGUAUCAUCAAUGAGCCCACUGCUGCUGCCAUUGCCUAUGGUCUCGACAAGAAAGUCAUUGAUGAGCAUAACAUCCUCAUUUUCGAUCUUGGAGGAGGAACCUUUGAUGUGUCCCUCUUGACCAUUGAGGAGGGCAUCUUCGAGGUGAACACCACUGCUGGUGACACUCACUUGGGUGGUGAGGACUUCAACAGCCGUCUCAUCAACCACUUAGUGCAAGAAUUCAAGUGCAAGCAUGAGCUAGAUCUCUCCUUCAACCUGCAUGUGCUCCAUCGUCUAUCGACUUCUUGUGAG